CUCAACCUCACAGUGAAACUGACUGCCCUAACCUCCCUCACGUCAGUGUCCAUAUCAGCCCUCCUGGACUCAGGAGCCACCAGGAACUUCAUAAGCCCUGAGUUCAUCCAGAAGCACAAUCUGGAGACAACUCCCAUUCCCGUCCAUAAUGUCAAUGGAACCCCAAACGAGAAUGGAGCUAUAACCGAGGAGCUAGAAGCCCUCCUGACCUUUGGGUGGCACACAGAGCGGGCAUGCUUCGCAGUCGCAAAUCUCGGG